UCGACCCUCAGUGCCCGAUCACAGCGCACAGAGACGGGCCGACCAAUGUCGUCCAUUAAGGGUACCGACAUUUUUUAAUUUUUGUAUGGAUAUCGGCCACAAACUCAUCGAUCCAUAUUACUGAAUGUUUCCUCUGUGUCGUCUAUGAAGUUUCACCGACCAACGUGAAUGGAUUAUAUAUACUGCGAAAACUCUAUUACUCUCGUGCCGUCUCCGCUGAAGAAAUUUGACCCUCUGCUUCGGGAGGAGUGUAUUCUAGCUAAGCUCAGCUCCAUUUUUUUACAGCCGUCAUCCGAUCUGUCAACGAAUCAAAUGGUCGCCGUCUAACAGUGGAAAGUUUUGUGGAAAGGAUACCAUAUAUUUUAAAAGGGGACUUCAACCCGAUCGCGACAUGACCGUGUUUAGUUCCCAAGUGCUGCUUGCUGUAACGAGAUCAAGGGGAUCCUAUUUGCUCUCAAAGCGGCAUGGCUGUGCCUCUCUGCCCUCCACUGCCUGCAUUCGCUACCACUCAGACUUCUCCAACCGCCCUGCCCUGGUCGCCCGGGGACUGCGGCCCGCCUACCCACGAUGCACCGCCAGCUACGUGCGGAACGGCUGCAUCCCGGCCCGACCGCUCCACAGUUCCUGCGCAUGGCUGCAGGAGGUGAAGGAAACUGCAGCAGGGGCACAGCCCACCCCGGGCGAGCCCUCUCCGGCCGCCUCCCCACCUCCCGCUGCUACCGCGUCUGCAGCCACCGCUUCGGGCCCGCCACCCCCGGCCCCUAGCAAGCCCGCGGAGAGGGCCGUCGUGCGCAAGUCGAUCGGCCAGAGGAUAGUGGACGAGCUGAGGCAUUACUACGACGGCUUUCGGCUGCUGGGCAUCGACACGAAGAUCGCUGGACGCAUGGUGUGGAGGCUCCUGCACGGCCAGCUGCUGACACGGCGGGAGAGGAGACGGCUCAUGAGGACGUGUGCAGACCUGUUCCGUCUGGUUCCCUUCAUGGUGUUCAUCAUUGUGCCCUUCAUGGAGUUCCUCCUGCCUGUCUUCCUCAAGCUCUUCCCCGAGAUGCUGCCCUCCACCUUCGAGACGGAGACCAACAAGGAGGAGAAGCAGAAGAAGGGUCUGGCUGCGAAGCUGGAGCUGGCUAAGUUCCUGCAAGAGACGAUCGCUGAGAUGGCCCGCCGCAACAAGGCCGCCGUCAGUGGAGAUGAGGCCCAGAAGUUCUCCACCUAUGUGCAACAGGUCCGGCACACGGGCGAGCAGCCCACCACUAAGGACAUAGUGAAGUUUUCCAAGCUGUUUGAGGACGAGCUGACGCUGGAGCACCUAGAGCGCCCCCAGCUGGUGGCUCUGUGUAAGCUGCUGGAGCUGCAGCCCAUCGGCACCAACAACUUGCUGCGUUUCCAGCUGCUCAUGCAGCUGCGCAACAUCAAGUCUGAUGACGAGAUGAUCGCUACUGAGGGUGUGACUGGCAUGACGGUUGCAGAGCUUCAGGCGGCCUGUAGGAGUCGAGGAAUGAGAUCACUGGGGUUGACAACCGAUCAGCUCCAAAAGCAGCUUCAGCAGUGGGUGGACCUGCACCUGAAGGAAAACGUGCCACCUUCCCUGCUGCUGCUGUCUCGCGCCAUGUACCUGACGGACCUCACGCCCAAGCCCCCCGUCAUCCCGCCCGUGCCCAAGCUGGAGAAGGCCACCCCUCCUCCGUCAGAGACGGAAGCUUCAGCUAAAGGGAAGCCACUGUCUGCCUCCCUGGAGGAACUGGUGGACAAGGCCCCCAUCAUCAUUGCCGGCAAGGCGGAGGAGAUGCUGGAGAAAUCCAGGGUGCUGGACAUGCCGUCUCCCGAGGCUCAGUUAAUACAUGCGAAAGGAGCAGAGAUGGUCCAGAAGUCCAAGAUGAGCGCCAAUGGGAUGUGAGGAGAGACUCUCCACCCCUGAUACCCCCUACCCCUCCAAAACUUGACGACAUCAGUGCACACCCCCACCCCCUCGCCUUCACACUCAGAACUCAAACCUCUACCUAACUCUACGCCUGACCUCUGACCUUUGUGACUCUUGUGAGAGGAGAGAGGGGUGCUUGUCUUCAUCCUCGGCAACAGGGGAACACAUGCGGCCAGGGCGGCAGAACACGUCAUAAACUCUGUUACGGAGGCAGGGAGAAGGAUGCCCUCCCUGUCACACACACACAGACACACACACACACACACUCGCCCUACCCCCAGCUCCAGGUCUGGUCAAAAGAGACUAGAACUUGUUCUCAUGUGUUCUAAAGGUCUUAACCCUCAUCCCCACCCGCGUCCGACCUGUCUGUAGCUGACGGAGCGAGAGGAGAUGCUCAGAGGUAACUGCCUCCUCCGAGACUCCAGAGCUCCCGGCUGGGUCGGGUCGGAUUGGGCGGGGAUGGUUAAACAUGGUUUAAGAGACCUCCUCUGCACUCCUGCAAGCUAGGAGGGGGCGCUUCUUCCCACCAAAGCCACCCCCCCCCCAGCCACCUCUUGUGAUGUUUACAGAAUGGCUCUUUCUGUAGAACCUCUGUUAAUCUCCGACACUCAUCACACCUCAUCUCGCCUCCAGAUAAUCAGGAUUCAGCAAGUUGCCUCCUGCUGCCCAGAACCCAUUCUCUCAUUUGGCAAAGUCCUGCCAUGUACAUUUUGUAAAUAUAACUGUAAAACUAUCGGCACAAUAUAAAGUGCCAUCGACCUGUACAGCUGGCUGUGUGCCAUAUCUUUAUGCUCCUAAGCUUGGGGAACGCAACGCUACUGGUUAUGAUAUUAAGAUACUAAGAGCCGGCUGCCGUUCUCGUCUUGGCUUGCAGGUGGAUUGUAAAUUGUAAGUGUGCGGGUUUUUUGUUUUCGUUUUGUUUUAAUUUUAUUUUAUUUUAUUUUAUUUUAUUUUGUUGUUUUGAUUUCCUGCAGCAGGGGAAGUUGAAUUUGGAGUUUGCUCCUUGAGGAGAAUUAGAUUGUCUGUGCUCUGCGGCCUCUCUGAAGCUACAGCGUGGGCAGAAUCUGCCAUUUAAGGCACAGAAAGAAAAAAAAAAAAGCUUUUUUUUUUGAGGAGUGUAUUUAAUGUGUGCAAGAUCAUUGUAAAGAUGUUGAGAUUUCCCCCCCCCAUUCUUUAUUUUGUUCUUCUGCAAUUCAGAUUCAGAAAAUAAUUUAAUUUGGUUGAAAUUGGAGGUAAACAAAAAAGAGGAUAGCUGUCCCUUGCAAAAUGUAUUUAUUUCACUAAAGUCUAAAAUUGGUUUACAAAUUUCAUAAAAUGUACAAGUUUUAAAAUGACGUAUGACUACUCUCUUGCAGAUAAUGCGUGUAAAUAUCUGAGAUGUAAUCAUGAUGUUACCUUAUUUGUAUGUAGAUUUGGUCCUCACCUUGCACUACAAAGAACCACUAAAAUAUGAUUCUAAUUAUUGAAAGAUGAGAAUGAUCUGUUAUCAAGGUUAUUUUUGUAACUUCCUCUGCCCCCCAUAAUCAUGAUAAACAGUAACGUCCUGCAUCAGAACUGAUGACAAUGGGGCUUUAAACGCCCCCAAAACCACCACCUCCUUUAGGUGAAUUUACUAACUUGCGCUGUUCACCUCUCAAUCAGUGCACUGUCCGGAGGAGCUUGCCGUGUUACACGUGAUUCCCAAUUCUGGGAUUCACCCGUUCGAUUGUCCCUCAAUGUUAUUUUUGUUAUUCUUUGUUUUUUUUCUCGGAGGCAGUUCAGCCAAAAACAAAGUGGUCAACAGAAGGUGCUUAAUGUGUACAACUCUUACCUCUGUUCUGAGCACAGAGAAGCAUUACAUAGACAUGGUGAGGUGGUCUUGGUCCAUAGACCACCAUCUUCAUCAAUGUCAUCGCACUUCACAAAGAAUCGCUUUCAUUCAGUCAGUGGAAAGGUUCAAUCAGAACUGCACAGUGGAGUGAUCACCUGUGUUAACGGGACUGUUCCUGUGUGGUAAACCUUUUGAUCCUUUUCCCUAACGGUUCUGAUCUGAUUGAAUGACCGAUGUGACAUUCUUUCUUUAUUCCUUUUUUUUGGUAACUUUAUAAUUCUGGGGGUAAACAAAAGAACAGGUAGAAGAUCUUGCUCUGUGAAUGUGGUCUGGAUUUCCCUCACUAAAGCGACUGUGUUGACGGCCUUGGGUUGUCAGUGAAACCGCCGUAUGUUGUCAGAUAAGACUGAAACAAAGGUCUCUUCUCUCUGCAGAAAGCCCUUUCCCACCACUGUGCUUUCUCAUUGACAUGUGUUCUAAGGAGAAUUGAUUGGCUGGGUUUUGAAAUGUCUUCAUGGUUAGCAAGCGGGGAGGGGUGUGCUGUGAACUGGUCAUGUUGGUGUGAGGCAACUCUCCCAGAAGUUCUGCACCCAAAAUGAGCUGAGUUCUGUAAACUAAGCUGGGAGAGUCUGCACCAAUCACAUGCGCCCCAUGACUUGCAGCCCACCUCAUCCCUCCUCAAGAUGACCUGUCAUUGGCCCUGAGCCUUGUCACUCACACCCAUAAGAGGACAUUGGUAACACUGCAUGUGAGGGAUUUUCAUGCCAUGUAAAACGGAAAAUAAAACGAAUCAAAUGAAAAUGAUUUAAGAUGUAGGUGAACACCAAUCUGUACGCGUCCCAGAUCAGUGUAAAGCUGUUUACUCAAAUAAAGCCUCCAUGUCUGCACCUUGGCGUGGCCAGAAGCGCUGCAGAAGGAGACUUUGGACAGAAAAUACAAUGACGGCAUUAAACGGUGAAAACAAA